AUGGACUUCCCUCUUCCCACUGUUUCCCUGCUGAUCGACAGCGCCUUGUCCUUGGUGUACCCGAAACCAUCCCUCAUGGCUCCUUCAACGCCGAAGAACGACCCUCAGGCAGCGGAUGCCGUACCCAGAGACUACUAUGUACGAAGACAAAAGCCCUUGCCAACAGACCCGACGACCAGGGCCCAUGUCCAGACUGUUCUCGAGAAUGGAUAUGUCAUAAUCCCAAACGCCUUCACCGAUGCAGAGGCCAUCGAGGCCAUCGCAGAGAUCGAUCGCCUCCACGGAAAGAAUCCAAAGGCGGGCAUGCAUGCCUUCGACGGCUUCAAGACCAACCGAAUCCUAUCCCUCCUGGGAAAGACGCGCUGCUUCGACAAGUUCGUUCUCCUACCGCAAGUCCUUGCCUUGAACGACUACUUCCUAGACGAAGACUACCUCCUCUACAUCAUGGAGACCAUCGUCAUCAACCCAGGCGAGAAGAACCAAGUCCUCCACCACGACGACGGGGUCACGCACCUACCCCGACCGCGCCCACCCGUCACCGCCGCGACCAUGAUCGUGCUGGACGAUUACACCGAGACCAACGGGGCGACUCGGAUUAUCCCGGGCUCGCAUCUCUGGGGCAGUGACAGGAUUGGGGAAGAGAACGAGGCGAUCCCUGCUGUGUGUCCGAGGGGAAGUGUGAUUUACUUCCUGGGCACGACGUGGCACUCCGGAGGCGCGAACCGGAAUGAGAAGCCGAGGUAUGCGGCGACGAUCCAGUAUUGCCAGCCGUAUAUCAGGCCUUUGGAGAACUUGAUGAUUGGGAUCGAUCCUAGACGCGCGCUUUCUGGGGAGAUUCCGAAGAAGAUUGUUGAUAUGAUGGGAUAUCGCUCGUCGAUUCCGUUUGUCGGAUUUGCUGAUGGAAUGAACCCCCGAAAGGCUACAAAACGCCUCAUCCGUUGGCUUCAGGGGCCGGUGGAUCUUCAUCCUCCCACUUUCCCAAGCGAGGAUGGGGAGAAGGAGGUUCAUGUUAUAAGCAAACUUUGA